GAUUCGAGCUCCGUCCAUGUUUCCCUUCUCGAUUGCUUUCUUGAUCUUAACCUUCUCGGCUUUCUCCUCUUUCUCGCAUUUACGAGCCUGGCGCUGGAGACUCUUCGCCGUGAACUUGAGCUCCAUGAUCUGAUUCAUCAAUUUGUCUGCGUUCCCCAUGAUUUCUUCGUCGGGGAUGAUUUGCGAUUCAGGUUAGGGUUUGACGAUUUUUACAAGUUAUGCAGAAAUGCCCAAAUUUUUUUGCUUCAAAAAAAUUUAGUUCCAAACACUUCCCUAAAUCUAUAACCUAUUAUUACCGUGUGUACGGUCACGGUGCUGUGAUGACUAGAGAAGCAUUAUUAUUUACUACAGUACGUAUUUUAUUCAAAUAAGGAGUCGUAUGGAUUUCUGAGAAAAGAGAAAAUUCUCCCCAUUUGAUCACACGCAAACUCUGAAAAAUCGUCAAACCCUAACCUGAAUCGCAAAUCAUCCCCGACGAAGAAAUCAUGGGGAACGCAGACAAAUUGAUGAAUCAGAUCAUGGAGCUCAAGUUCACGGCGAAGAGUCUCCAGCGCCAGGCUCGUAAAUGCGAGAAAGAGGAGAAAGCCGAGAAGGUUAAGAUCAAGAAAGCAAUCGAGAAGGGAAACAUGGACGGAGCUCGAAUCUACGCCGAGAACUCUAUCAGGAAGCGCAGCGAGCAGAUGAAUUAUCUCCGCCUCGCUUCCAGGCUCGAUGCCGUCGUGGCUCGCCUCGACACCCAGGCUAAGAUGACAAGCAUCGGCAAGUCCAUGGGCAACAUCGUCAAAUCCCUCAAUAGUACCCUCAACACUGGGAAUCUCCAGAAGUUGUCCGAGACAAUGGACACUUUCGAGAAGCAGUUUGUGAAUAUGGAGGUCCAGGCCGAGUUCAUGGAGAGCUCCAUGGCCGGGAGCACCUCCCUGUCCACCCCUGAGGACCAGGUCAACUCCCUUAUGCAACAGGUGGCCGAUGACUAUGGGCUCGAGGUUUCCGUUGGGCUUCCACAGCCUGCUGCUCAUGCUGUGCCCACAAACACCGCUGAGAAGGUUGACGAGGAUGACCUUUCAAGACGCCUUGCUGAGCUCAAGGCCCGUGGGUAAACGAUGUUCUACAAGUAUUUUGUGCUUAUAGCACUGCAGAUGACCACUUCCAUAUACUGUAAUUGUGUAUUAAGUGAAUCUCUACUUUGUCUAUCGUGCCUGCCUAUGCCUUGGUGUAUUUAUAUUAACAUUUGGAAUGUGGAGUUCAUUUCCAUUAAUGCUUUAGGGCUCUUAUUAUGAAAUUAUUAUUGUUAUGUGCAGCAUCAUUCUUCCAAGUGCUGAUGCGUUUACAGAGUGCUUGAAUAUGUUUGAUGCUAUAUAAACAUUUUCUCUGGUAUUUGCCUACAAAGAGGUUAUUAUUUGUUUGUCAGGGACUUGAGUAGGGUUAUAAUCUCGUUCGUGGAGGUGUAGUUUUACAAAUUAAUAGUAUUAAGAUAUUUAUUAUGGGCUUCUUUCAUAGGAUUAACACCAUGAAAUCGUUGAAUUUGUUGAAAGUUUUAAAAGAAGUGUUUGGUAAGAUCAGUUUCUGCAAAAUUCUGAUAAGUUGAAUAGGCCAGGCCUAGCCCCCAAUUAGGAGAACAAAAUAUGUUGUGCAUUUUCAUUUACUUGAUUGAUGCUACUACUUGUGUUAUUUGAAGCUCGGUGCUAGUUUGCAGUUUACCC